UGAUUGUUCUAUGAGAAGAUAAAAAGUACACAUACAGUUCAUACAAUAAUCUUAUGAAUGUAAAAGAGGGGGAACCAUGUCGGCUUCUGGCCCCAUAAGCAACUACUAUGUAGACUCCUUGAUAAGCCAUGAAAACGAAGAGCUCUUGGCCUCCAGGUUCCCCACCACUGCCUCCCACCCGGCUGCUGCCAGACCUUCAGGAUUAGUCCCGGACUGUGCUGACUUUCCUUCCUGCAGUUUCGCCCCCAAGCCGGCCGUUUUUACAACCUCCUGGGCUCCCGUGCACUCCCAGUCGUCCGUGGGCUACCACCCGUACGCCCCCCAGGCGCCCGUGGGGGCCGAGCCCAGGUACAUGCGGACUUGGCUGGAGCCCCUCGCCGGGGCCGUCUCCUUCCCGGCCUUCGCACCCGGCGGCCGCCCCUACGGCCUCAAACCCGACGCCUUCCCCGGGCGGAGGGCAGAAUGCGGCCCCGCGGACGGCCGCGGCUACCCGGACUACAUGUACGCGGCUCCCGGGGAGCUGAGAGACAGAGCAGCGCAGACAAUUCCUUCCCCGGAGUCCGAAGCCAUCGCUUCCAGCAAACACAAAGAAGAAAAGCACGAAUUAGACCCUAACAAUCCCGUCGCAAAUUGGAUUCAUGCGCGCUCCACGAGGAAGAAAAGAUGUCCUUACACAAAGUAUCAGACCCUGGAACUGGAAAAAGAGUUUUUAUUCAAUAUGUACCUUACACGGGACCGGAGGUACGAAGUAGCCAGAGUCCUUAAUCUCACUGAACGCCAAGUCAAAAUCUGGUUUCAGAACAGGCGAAUGAAAAUGAAGAAAAUGAAUAAAGAAAAAACCGAUAAAGAACAGCAAUAAAGUUGGCAAAGUCCAGUCAAUGAGAAUCAAGGGUGGAAAAAAAAAAAAAAAAAAAAAAAAAAAAAAAGAAAAAAAAAAGAAAAAGAAAAAGAGGCUGUUUUUGGGGGUUGAGAUGUUUCUGACUAUGAAUGUGCGGAUGAAUGUUUAGCAUUAUAGGCAAACACAGCAAGCGUUUUGGGACACGAGUCUUUUCUAAAAUGCAACUAAAUAAAAGAAAGAUGUUUGGGGGGGGGUUGUUUUCUCUUCCUUUCUUCUUCCUCAUUUUUUGUUUUGUCCUCCUCAGAAAACAAACACAAGAAGUACUUGAAUUUUUAUUUUUUUUUUAGUAUUUUAUUUCAUAAGUUAAACUGAUCCAGUAUUUUUAUUUUUUAAUUCCGUGAGCUCGUGAAUGAAUAUUUUGUACAAAAGAGAGGAAACAGAGAAAAGAGACUGAAGGGAAUAUGGCUCAAUGAUGUUCUGUCAUGGUGUUGAACGUUUCUGCUGUACUUAUUUGUGUAUUUUAUUCUCGUCUCAGAACCGUUCUGUAAUAUUGUUAUGUUCGCUAUUGUAGAGCAGCUCUAUGUAAAUAUACCUAACGUCACGGAGAAAAAAAAAAAAAAAAAAAAAGGAAAAAAAAAAAAAAGAAAAAAAAA